AUGACUUCCGAGGUCCCAGCUGCCCCCGAACUGGACAACACAAUCCUCUUCCAUCAACUCGAUAGCUACCCCUGGGACGAAGACCAAGAAUUCCAAGGCGGUUUGCGCGCGAUUCUAGGCUCCGUCUCAGACCCCGAACAAGUCUCGCACUUGACUUUGCGCGCCAAGUGCUACUACUACGCACGCAAAGCCGGGACGACUGUGGACUUCGACGGAUAUAAACAGUGGGUGGAACAACAGCGCGGCAAUGGGCAGGCGAACGAGACGAGCAACGAAGCGAACGAUACGAACAACGACGUUCCAGCGCAAACGAAUGCGACAUCAUCAGGAGCCAUGGGAGGAGACGCACCCAAGCCUGCAAGCUUCGCUGAGAUUGUGGAGUUGAUCGCGGAGGGGAAACCGAUACCGGGCAUCAAGGACAUUCCUGAUACGAUACUCGAAGGGCAGGCUUCGGAGAAUCAGGCGGAGAAGAGGAAGAAGCCGUGGGAGAAGGAGAGUGGUGCUGUAGAGAGUCCGAGUUGGAUGACUUGA